AUGCGCAUAGAAAUACUUGACAUAAUUAGGAAUGAAGUGCCUGGUGUUAUUAAGGAUCUAAUAUGUAAAGAAUUCCGAGCUAUUAGGGAUAAUAUUAGUGAAUUAGAAAAAUCAGUAAAAUAUGUCGAUGACAAGUAUGAUGAUAUAGAGAAGUCCCUGUCCAUAGCAACAGAGGACACUAAGUAUUUAAAAACAGAAAACUCCUCUCUCCGUAGCGAUCUUAAGGAUAUGCAAAAAAAGAUCUCGAUAAUGGAGCACGAUUUUGCUAAGCAAGAACAGUGGGCCCGUCAGCAAAAUGUGGAAAUUGUAGGAGUACCAGAAAAAAGCAACGAAUGUCUCAUGGACGUUCUUACAAAAAUAGCAGAAAAUGCCGGCCAAAAAAUUUUGAAACUGAUGUAG